AUGGGUAGUGCUGAACAGGAUGUCGAGCUCAAAGACUUCGAGAGCAUAUUCAGCCUCGAGGGCAAGGUCGCUGUCGUGACCGGCGGUUCCCGAGGAUUGGGCCUGAACGUUGCCUCCGGAUUCCUCCAAGCUGGCUGCUCCAAAGUCUACAUUACCUCCCGAAAGGCCAAAGCAUGCGAUGAAGCCGUCGCCGCUCUCAAUGCUCUUCCCAACAAACGACCCGGCGCAGUCGCCAUUUCGGUUCCCGCAGACGCCUCCAAAAUUUCAGAGAUUGAACGGCUGGCGGCCGAGGUCGCAAAGACGACCGAUCACGUCGAUAUCCUGUUUGCAAACGCCGGUGCAACGUGGGGAGCCCCGUUCGAAACGCAUCCCGAAAACGCUUUCAGCAAGGUCAUGGAUCUGAAUGUCAAGAGCGUGUUCUACACUGUUCAGAAAUUCGCGCCACUAUUACAGAAGCGAGCGAGCACAGAAAACCCUAGCAGAGUCAUUGUGACUGCAAGUGUCGCCGGCAUCGGUGUGGGCUCGCUUGGAGAAAAUGCCACAUAUGCAUAUAGUGCAUCGAAGGCGGCCGCCAUUCAUCUCGCGAAGAACUUAGCCGUCGAGCUAGGCCCGAGAGGAAUCAUCACCAACGCGAUCGCCCCUGGCUUUUACCCUACCAAAAUGGCGUCGGGGCUGAUGGAACUGCAAGGUGGGCAGGCCGCAUUGGCUGCCGAAGUACCAAAUAAGAGGCUUGGGCGUCCUGAGGAUAUUGCUGGAUUGGUGGUGUUUUUGAGCAGCAGAGCAGCUUCCCACAUCAACGGUGCCGUCAUCACAACCGAUGGCGGCUCGGUGCUCUCACGGGGCAAGCUAUAG